AUGCCACUGGAGAAGGAAUAUUCUAUAGCGGCUGACUCUACAGUAUCUUCUCCGCCUCGACCUCCAGUCGACGCGCCAAUAGAAAACAAGCGUGUCAUCCGUACCUAUGGACGCCCCCGCGAAGAGCCGCAGGGCGGGGACGCAGAUUCCUCUGGCCUCUACACGACGAAAUUCAGCCUAGCGCGUGAUAGCGUGCACAAGACAGCGCCUCCUGGUUUGCUCGACGUGAUUCCUCCAAGUUCACCCUGCGCUCGUCCUGAUGGUGGCCAACUCGUCGAAGAUGGCGACGACAAUGAAUCAAGUACUGCGGGAAGUCCUAAAUUCAAUUUUGGUUGGAAGGCGAAAUUGAGAGCUCUCGAUGAUGAUGAUGAGGAUGAUGUGGGUGACCACGAGCAGAAAAUGUCUGUGGUUUCCGAACGUGACGAUGCGCCGAGCGGGUCGGCAUUUGGCCAACCUUUGUUACUUCAAGCCACCGCCGAUACCUUAUCUUCACCAAGCACCCCUGCUGAAAGGAAAUCCCUUUCACUACUGACUUCCGUUAUUGACAGUUCAUUUAAUGCCGAUCCAUUUUCUGUCCCUGCAACAACACCCGGUGAUUCAAGUCCCCACCGUUCUUUUACUCUUUCAUCCCCUUCUGCUCCUCGGCCCCUUGUUUCUCGUGGUCGCAUUCGCAAGGCUAUUCUUCAGGAUUCUGACUCAGAACACGAACCACCGAAGGACUCAUCGUCCACUGCCGCGUCAGGAUCAAGUAGACGCAAGUCGCGUUCACCAUCUACACAGCCGACAUCUGAAGAUGAAAUGACGCUGCAAAAUCGGAACAAAUCUCAAUCAGCUGGCAAGAAGAAAUCAACUCAGCCGCCACGGUCAAGUGUUCCGCCCCUUUUGUUCACAGAGGAUCCUGCCGGCGAGAUAAAAAAGGGUAGUGAUGAGAAGAAGAGGAAGAAGAAGGGACCAACAAACAAGGAAAAGGUAGAGAUGGUGAAGGAAAGGACUCGCUUAGCGGCUCAAGUUCCUGUAGCUAUACCACGAACUGAGACGACCUCUAAAUAUUCUAAGGAUUCCUUGUUUGCAAGAAUAUCAGCAAAAAACCAAUCAAAUCAGCAUGCCUCGACUUCUACUCUUCCCACCUCAGACCCCAUUGCUUCGUUCUCCUCCCCAAUGCCAAUCUCAAUGCAAAAUGAGAUACCACACUCACAUUCUGUACGGCGCUCAAAACCUUCUAUAAUCCAUCGUUCCCCCUCACCCGCUCAUCAUGAUUCUGGUGAAGACUCCGAUUUGCCAGACAUUGGUCAAGUUCUUGUUGCCGAUUUGCAAGGGGAUGCAAAGAGAAAGAAUUUACUACUCCUGAAGCAACGUGCUCUAGAACAGCAGAAACGGACUAUUGUCCCUGACGAAGAUGACGACGAUUUGCAGAUCAUGCAAUCGCCUAAAGUAGUGGUAAAGGAAGAGGAAUCCCAUCGUCGUGCGAUACAUAAACGUCCAUCAGAAGGUCGUAAGCGACAAAUGCAUCUCGCGCAAAUUAAUCCAUCCAAGCAAGCGGCUAAACACGAAUCGCCCAUUCGACGAAGAGAUAAUGGAGAAAGUUGCCUGUCAGUGCUGCAUCACGCUGGGCCCAUUGAACCGAAGAAAUUAAAUCAAAUUCUGGCGGCUGAGGUUCAAAGGAAUGCGAAACAGGAAAUGGAGCGCAAAGCAGCUGAAUGGCAGAAAUAUGGUGGGCGUACUGGUAGCAACUCAGAAAGCAUUGCAGCUCCAGGUCUGACCUCCAUUUUACAAACAUUGGCCGAAAAGGGAUUAAAAGCCGCAGAGAAUUCCCCAGAACUGGUAGAAAUGGACAUGGACGAAGGCGAAGAUGAGAGUGAUGAAGAUUGGGACCCCGCACUCCGUGGUUCUGCUUCACCGGAGCCAGCUGAGGAAGAAAACGACGACCAAGAAGAGGGCGAUGAAAAUAUGCCUCCCAAUACAGAAACUAGUAUUGGUGACGAGUUUGACGAAGGGCUGCAUGUUCGGCCAACACGCAGAUUGGUAGUGAACUCUGAUUCCGAGGAUGAAGACAACAAAGAGAAUGAUAAUGAGUUAAUAUACGAUCAUAGUGAAGACAAGGAGAACACCGCAGUUGUUCGUCAUAACCAUCCCAGAGGCGCUCCGCUCUCACUUUGCUCCAGCGAGGAACCUACUAGUCCGUCGUUACUAUCGGUAAGGGCGCUAGGAUCCAGGUCCCGAGAGACCGACCUGGAUGACGACUUGCCCACCAGCCGCAGAAGGCCCUUGAAAGAAUUGGUGUCUGAUGAAAGCCCUGAAAGCACUCAAGUCUUGUCCACAAAUCUGACCCAGUCUUUUACGGCAAAGCUUCAACAGGCGUCACCCUUGCCUAAUACACGUUCCCCGGACCCUAUAUUGAACCCAUUGUUCAAUGAGAAUUCAGGUUCUGGAAAGCUAGGUGGCGGGUUUUCGCAGUUUUCGCAAGGGGAAGGUGAUAUCUUCGGCCCUGUAUUAUCGCUUCAGCCAGGUUUCUCUGAUCUGUUUGAGUCGACUGAAUCGAGUACAAACAUUUCGAACGAAACGAAUCUUCAUCGUACAGACACCUUGGACUUGACCCAAGAUGUUGUUGUCGUCAACCAGUUGCAACCAGCCUUCCAAGCAAGUGACAAUUUGUUAAGGAAAGCUGAUGCUAUCUUCGAGAAGGAACAAGAAUUUGUGGUGGAAGAUGCUCAAAGGAAAGAGCACAAAGAAAAGAAGCCCCAGUUAUAUGUUAACGACCAUGGUUUUCUGACUCAGACCAGGCCUACAGACGGCAGUCCUGAAAUUUAUCGAGCACCAUCAUACUCUUUGACUCAAGGGAGCUCUCGUGCCCCACUCCGCACGCUUUCUAUGACCUCGUCGUAUCCGGAAUCCCCAACCCAGCCUUCUCCCAGGCGUCGUCUGCGUAGACUUUCGCAUACGCCUCCUCUCACGGAAAAUCGGGACUAUAGUCCCGAACCGCCGCUAAGGAGGUUCAACGCGUUCGAUGUGCUCAAAGGUGGGGCAGAACGACAGAAGAAACACGAUAACAUCAAAACCCGACCUGAUCUGGCUGCAUACCUGGAGAAUGAGGCUGCUGAAUCGGACGACGAGGAUGCAUUUGGAUUCGCAAAACCAAAGGACGCAGAUGAUGAGGAAACCGCCGAAGACCUUGACGCAACACUUGAAGAACUGAUGGACGAUAAAGAAAUGGAUGAAAACACCAUUGCGCCCGACUUGGUUCACGCCAAAUUCAUGGAACAACUGGAAGCCGAAGACCAAGAGAACGAGAAGUUCCAUCAAGGAGUGAUCCAGGGUGAACAACGUCUGAAACGACGCCGUGGUGUUGAAGUCGACGAUAGUGAUGAAGAAAGCGAUGACGAUAACAACGAGAGAGCUCGACGAGCGAUGAAAAAGUUGCGAAAAUCAGAUCGCGGUGAUAUCAAGAGUCUUGAGGAGAACGAGGCGACCAGAGCCUUUGCGGAGGCGUACAAUCAGACCCUGAAAGAUGACGACACAGAAUUCUUGUAUCUUGAGAGGGAGACGGCCAUUGACGAUAUUGAUGGCAGCAGAAUGCAGAUGGACGAGGAGGAUGAAGAGGAGAUCGAGUAUGAAGAGCCUGAAACUAUCAGCCAUGACGAAAUUGUUCGCCAGAUUCGCCUAAACAAGGAAGAAGGGAUCGAAGAAGACUCAGGAGUAGACCCCGGAGAUGUAUCGUGGCUUGACCAAGAUGAGGAAGAAGAAACACCCCGCGUAAAAACCGUCAACAGCAGAGUGCGACCAAGAGCGCGACUACAGGGUACCUCGGAGCAGUCUGAAUUGGACGGCAUGGGCGCUGCAUUCCGCAAACCGGCGAACCCGUCGACUUCCAACUCUAGUAAGCAAUGGUAUGCUCAGGAGCACAAAUCGCGAAAUGCAGGAACGUCGCGGUCAGUUGGAGGGUCUGCGAUCACAGGACAUGCAAAGGCUAAGCCAAAGACUGGCACUAGCACCGUGCGCGCCGGCUCGAUCGCUAAGCGCGCUGGUGCGUCUUCUUCCUCGACAUCAACGGGGAGCAGAAGUGUCAAGGCUGCGCCGAGUAUGUUAUCGGCAGCAAUCUCAGACAAAAGUCGCCACUUUGCAUGA